AUGUCCUUGGUCUCAUCCCAGCAUCAUCUCUUCAACUCCAACUCAUUACUUUCAAGCACCGAAGUCGAACUCCACGACAACACCCCCGACAAUACUGAAGCUACAUUGAGUACGCUUCUCGGGGCCUUCGCAGAUACUCAGCAUCCUUCUAUGGACAGGAGUGUCACCGAGUACACGCAGUCAGGUAUUCAUUCACCAUAUUCUCACGCGUUCAACGACGCUCAAUCUGAAGAAACCACCGCAGAUCACGCGUCUGCUGCGCAAUACACUCCUCAACAGGACGUGCGAAACAACAACUACUCGACUUCUGCCACCCCGACUUCCGAGUACGGUGUUUAUCCUGCUUCGGCGCGCUCAGGUUCUUUCCCAGAACAUAUUCAACGCCAGUACCAUCCAGCCAGCAACCAUAGUGGUAGCAGCGGAGGUAUGGCUCAACCAACAAGUCCGUCAAUGCCUUUGCAAGAUGGUCGCCCAAACCAUCCAUCAAACAUCAAGUCUGACCAGGAUGUACCUAUAGAUCCCUCAAUUGCUACCUCCAGCCCGACCUAUCCUGCCCACGGCGGCGGUCAAUACUCGCCCUACCCUCCUCAACAGGACAUGCAACACGGCUAUCCUUCCCAUGCCGGCGGCGCCAUGUAUGCCCAACCUCGACCCGACUGGUCUGGCUACGCCGGUCAACCUCAACAUGCCAUGCAGCACGGAUACCCAGUCACCGGCGCACAAACCCCAACUUCUGCAGCUCCUGCUGGCGCGCGUCCAGGUCAAGUCUACUCCUUCGUCCCAAUCCCUGGUGCUCAACAACACAAGCGACCCCGCCGACGAUAUGAAGAAAUCGAGCGUAUGUACAAGUGCGGAUGGCAAGGCUGUGAGAAGGCUUAUGGUACCCUUAACCACCUGAACGCCCACGUUACUAUGCAGUCUCACGGCUCAAAGCGUACUCCCGAGGAAUUCAAGGAAAUCCGAAAGGAGUGGAAGGCUCGCAAGAAGGAGGAGGAGAACCAACGCAAGGCAGAUGAAGAGCGUGCGCGUGCUGCUGCUGUCCCUGCCGAUGGUCAAGGAGAGAAUGCUCCACCUGGUGGUUAUCCACAGCCCGGUCGCUCUGUCCAAUUGCCACCGAUCGGCUACCAACCCGGCGCCCAAGUCCCUGGUCAAUACCAAGCUCCUCCUGCUGGUAGUGUUCAACAGCUCCAGGAGUAUGGCAGCAAUCACUUGCAGUACGGAGGCUACCCAGCUUCGCCAUACGGUGCACCGAACCAACAACACAUGUAUAGCCAACGUCAUUACACCCUCGCCUCCGUCCCUUCAUUGACUUUCUGCUAA